GAGGCAGAUAGAAAACACGUUCAUGCUGUGUGUUGUUCCUGAUGGUUGCACGUUCGAGCAGACAAAUAAAGUUAAUGUAAAAGAGGAAGCCGACCCUCCAUCAUUUCACAUCAUGCCUUCCUCCAGCGGUGUCCUGAGUGAAGAUCAGCUCCAGUGCUCCAUCUGUCUGGAUGUGUUCACUGAUCCAGUCACGACUCCAUGUGGACACAACUUCUGUAUGAUCUGUCUCAAAGAGUACUGGGACAGCAGUUCACACUGUCAGUGUCCAAUGUGUAAAGAGGAAUUCCCUAAACGACCUCAACUACGUGUGAAUACGUUCAUCUCUGAACUUGCUGCUCCAUUUAAGAAGGCAGUUCAGGUGAAAUCCAUUAGCGCUGCAGAAAAACCCACACAAUCUGUGGUGCUCUGUGACGUCUGCUGUGAAAAGAAAUGUGCAGCCGUGAAGUCCUGCCUGAUCUGUAUGACCUCUUACUGCAAGACUCACCUGGAACCUCAUGAGAGAAUUUCUUCUUUUAUGAAGCACAGACUGAUGGAUCCUGUGGAGAACCUGGAGGACUACAUCUGCCUGAAGCAUGAGAGACCCCUGGAGCUGUUCUGUAGAGACGACCAGACGUGUGUGUGUCAGUUUUGUACUGAGGGAGAACACAGAACUCAUAACACUGUUCCUAUAGAGGAGGAGAGUGAAGAGAAGAAGACUGAGUUGGGAAAGACACAAGUGGAAGUUCAGCAGAUGAUCCAGGAGCGAGUGAAGAAGAUUGAGGAAAUCAGACACUCUGUAGAACUUAAUAAAAAAAACACAGAGAAGGAGAAAGCAGACAGUGUGAAGGUCUUCAGUGCUCUGAUGUGCUGCAUUGAGAGAAGCCAGGCUGAGCUGCUUAAGGUGAUGGAGGAGAAGCAGAAAGCAGCAGAGAUGCAGGCUGAAGAGUUCAUUAAAGAGCUGGAGCAGGAAAUCACUGAGCUAAAGAGGAGAAACACUGAGCUGGAGCAGCUCUCACACACUGAGGAUCACCUCCACCUCCUACAGAUUUACCCGUCACUGUGCAGCCCUCCACACACCCAGGACUGGACUGGCAUCACAAUUAACCCUCAUCUGAGUGAGGAGACUCUGAGGAGAGCUCUGUCUCAGCUUCAGGAAACUCUCAGUGAGGAAAUGCAGAAGGUUGAAGAGAUUAAACUGAAGAGAAUUCAACAAUAUGCAGUGGAUGUGACUCUGGAUCCUGAUACAGCUCAUCCGUAUCUCAUCCUGUCUGAUGAUGGGAAACAAGUGAAACAUGGAGACAAGAGACAGAAUCUCCCUGAUAACCCAGAGAGGUUUAAUUGCUAUGUCUAUGUUUUGGGAAAGGAGGGAUUCUCCUCAAGGAGAUUUUACUUUGAGGUGCAGGUCAGAGGGAAGACUAAGUGGAUUUUAGGAGUGGCCAGAGAGUCCAUUAACAGGAAAGGGGAGAUCACAGCCAGUCCUGAUGCUGGAUGCUGGAGUGUGUGUCUGAGGAAUGAGACUGAAUAUAAAGCUUAUGACUCUCCUCGUGUCUCCCUCUCCUUGAAACAGGCUCCUCAGAAGGUGGGGGUGUUUGUGGAUUAUGAGGAGGGUCUGAUCUCCUUCUAUGAUGUUGAUGCAAAAUCUCACAUCUACUCUUUCACUGGUCAGAAUUUCACUGAAAAACUUUAUCCAUACUUCUGUCCCUGUCUCAAUGAUGGAGGUAAAAAUUCAGCAUCACUGAUCAUCUGCCCUGUUCAGCAGAUCUAAUCUUCACUUUUAUUUUAUUUUAGUUUUCAUGCUGUCUUGCAUCAGAUGGAGUUGUUGCAAGCUUUAAAUGCUCUUACAUCUCAUUUUAAAUGGAAUAUAUUUUGCUGUCUUUUUCCUGUCAAAGUAUUCUGUUGGGCAUCAUGGCAUGAAAUUAAUUUUAUUUCUGAAAUCUUUCUAUUGCAUUUUUUUUUAAAAUUAUCUCAUGGUUUAAGGGACACAGUCUUGAAAAUCAUGACCGUGAUCAUGGACACAGACACUUCAUACCCAUACAUACAGUAUAAUAUGGAGUUAAUCUUUCUCAAAGGAUAUGGAAUGAAAAUAUGUUUUGACUUCUGAAAAAUGUUCACAGAAGCAUGACUCAUUCUCUGAGCAUUAAUAAUUCUCUUUAACGCAGUAAUUGUUUGUUUGCUGUGGGAUAAAACGCUUCUGAACAUGUUCUUAUUGGAAAAUAAACUUCAGGAUGGUAACAGUGACUCCGCUUUGUGACAUCAGCACAACACCAAGUGUUUUAUUCCCUGCAUAGAUCAUUAAUGCAGAUAUAAUGCUUUACGAUGUUUUUAAUUGAGAGCUGCAUUUUCA